AUGAACAAAGCAGCAGACGCCGCCUACGUUGACGACGAGUGUCAGUGGGACUCGCUCAACCUUGAUCCCCGCAUUAUACAAGCCGUGGAUCAUCUCGGCUUCAAAAAUCCCACUCUUAUUCAGUCCAGUGCCAUCCCAUUGGCUCUAGAAGAAAAGAGAGACAUUAUCGCCAAAGCAAGCACUGGCUCUGGAAAAACCGCAGCUUAUAUGAUUCCUGUUCUCCAGAACUUGCUUACGGCUGAACAGGAAAAAUGUGUCAAGAGCAUUGUGCUUGUUCCUACGAGAGAAUUAGCUAACCAGGUGGCUCAAUUCACCGAGAAGCUUUUAGUGUACAGCAAUCAGAAGAUCAGCGUGGUGAACCUCUCCAGUAAUAUUUCAGAGCAGGUUUUGAAAUCUUUGCUCACGAACAAGCCAGAUAUUUUGGUGGCCACUCCAGCCAAGUUGAUUCAGGUGCUUCAGGAUAACGUCAACCUGAACCUCAUAGACCUUUCAAAAACGAGGCACUUGGUUAUUGACGAAGUUGACUUGGUUCUUUCUUACGGCUACAUGGAAGAUUUGGAGCAGCUUGAGGCCUUUUUGCCUGUCAAGACAAACUUGCAGACCUUUUUGAUGUCUGCUACUAUAAACGACGAUCUCAACGACUUGAAGAGCCGGUUCUGUUCAAAACCAGCUGUGCUCAAGCUCAAUGAGGAUAACUCUGCUAACGAUAAGCUCGUGCAAUACUACGCCAAAACCACCGAGUUUGACAAGUUUUUGCUCGCAUACGUCAUUUACAAGUUGAAUUUGAUCAAGGGCAAGUCGCUUGUCUUUGUUAAUUCCAUCGAGCGUGGGUACCGUUUGAAGUUGUUCUUGGAGCAGUUUGGUAUCCGUUGUUGCAUUUUGAAUAGUGAGUUGCCUGUCAACUCUCGUUUGCAUAUCGUUGACGAGUUCAACAAGAACGUCUACUCAUUGCUCAUUGCUACCGAUGAGACAAGCGACUUUACAGUUGAAAAAGAUGAGGGUGAUGAAGAGGAAGAGGCCACAGAGCAGUCAAAGAAAUCGAAGGCCAAAAAGGAUAAGGAGUAUGGUGUGUCUCGAGGAGUUGACUUCAGAAACGUUGCAUGUGUGCUCAACUUUGACUUGCCAACCACAGCUAGAGCAUACGUUCACCGCAUUGGAAGAACCGCCAGAGCCGGUAAGGCUGGUAUGGCUUUGUCGUUUGUGAUUCCAGAGAACGAGGUUGGCAAGCAUAGAGUUGCAACUUUAUCUACAGCCAAGAAGGACGAGAAGGUGCUUAAGAAGAUCGUCAAGCAGCAACUGAAAAACGGUCUCGAGAUUAAACCUUACCAGUUUGACAUGAAGCAGGUUGAGGGUUUCAGAUACAGAUCAGAGGAUGCUUUCAGAGCUGUCACUGGUGUUGCUAUCAGAGAAGCCCGAAUUUCGGAGUUGAAGAACGAGUUGAUUAACUCCGACAAGCUCAAGCGUUUCUUCGAAGAAAACCCUCAAGACUUGGCCUCCCUUAGGCACGACAAGGAGUUGCAUCCUAGCAGAGUUCAAGCACAGUUGAAGAGAGUUCCUGAGUACUUGCUUCCGGCCAGUGCCAGGGCCGGUCCUAAGAAAGACCUUGCAUAA